AUGGAUGGCGUCACCAACAUCGACGACGGCCCAAAAGGCUCCUGGAAAUCCCGCAACUGCCUCAGCUUUGGCGAAUACACGAGUUCCUGGUCCUUCAAUGGCACCUGGCAGACCAUCAUUCGCCGUUUCUGCAUGUGGGCCAUCAUCAUUCUACGCACAGUCAUGAACGUCCUGGCCAUUUCAUUCAACACUCUCGGAAGCAAGAUCGUGAGCAUGGUGUGCGGUGCCCUCAUUGGGAUAAUCUCGUUCAUCUUUGUCUUCUGGUGUCUUACGAUGAUCGACCGCGCACAUGGCCGUCGUGCUUGCUGGUUCUGUGGAUUUGUUGUUGGACGAACCCAUCUAGAUAUCUUCACCGGUAUCAUCGCCCUUCUUCAUGUCGGUCUACUGGCAUCUUUUUGGCCAAUCAUUGUCCAUUCAGCCGCCGGCUUCAAUAUUAUAUGGGUUUCCCUCUGGAUUUUGAUUGGGAUAUAUGGAUUCCUCUGCACCAAGGCACCUGUCUCCGUCUAG